GUGGGAUUUUUUUUUUCAUAGACCCACGGCUUGGUAUACAUAGUAGAUAAAAUAUCUACUUAUGUGGUGCCCACGGCCCCUAUUACUCACCUAUUACACACUAUGUGGCACUACCUACGUCCUACUAUGUAUUAUACGUAUCAUAGGCGCUCGGCCCCGCUUUGAAGCAUUUUGACGCAAUUGGGGUUCUCUUUGCUAAUUGCCCCUCCAACUUAUAGGUCGCGCAACUUUUCCUCAUGAACGUCAAAUUUCAAUACUCAAGUAUCCUCACAUCACCCCCUUUCUCUCGUACUAUCUCGUCUCCUCCUGCCGUUGCAGUCCAAGAGCCCGUGUGCGAGUCUCCUCAACCAUUUCCUACCGCCCCGCCCGUAUCUCGCGCACGCACAAUGGCGCUCGCACAAGAGACGAAGCGCGUCACCGCGCAGUUUGAGUACACAGACGAAGAUGUGAACAAAGGCGUCAAAGAGUUCCUUCGGCAAAUGGGUGAGGGCUUAGAACACGAUGGCACGAGUUUGAGUCAAAUACCUACAUACGUCACUGGCGUUCCCAAUGGCACUGAAAAGGGGCUAUACCUAGCUGUCGACCUGGGAGGCACGAAUUUCCGAGUCUGUUCUAUUCAUUUGAACGGCGACACCACCUUCAACCUGACAUACAGCAAAGUAGCGAUCCCGAAGGAAUUAAUGGUCGCAAAGCAAGCUAGCGACCUGUUCUCGUUCUUAGCUAAGCAGAUCGAGCAAUUUCUCAGAACUCACCAUGAAGACCACUUCGAAGCUCACGUGCGCCGGCGGCAGACGGUAAGCACUCCGGAAGGUUACCGGGACGAGCAUAUAUUUCGACUUGGCUUUACUUUUAGCUUCCCAGUCCAGCAGUAUGGAAUUAACAAGGGAACUCUUAUGAGGUGGACCAAGGGGUUUGACAUCCCGGAUGCUAUUGGCAAAGACGUAUGCGCGUUACUCCAGCAGGAGAUCGAUAGGCUUCACCUCCCUGUCAAAGUGGCUGCUCUGGUGAAUGAUACUGUUGGUACGCUUAUGGCUCGCUCUUACACUUCUCCGGGUAAAACAUCUACUCUUCUCGGCGCCAUCUUCGGAACUGGAACCAAUGGUGCCUACGUGGAAAAGAUUUCCAACAUUAAAAAGCCUGUCGAGGGCGACUACGACAAGUCGACGGGUCUGAUGGUCAUAAAUACUGAGUGGGGCUCCUUCGACAACCAGAUGAACACAUUGCCGAAUACUUCGUACGACAUAGAAUUGGACAAGAAGAGCGUGAAUCCGGGCAUCCAGAUGUUUGAGAAGCGGGUAUCUGGCAUGUUUCUAGGCGAGAUCGUCCGUCUAGUAAUUGUCGAUAUGCUGAAGAGACCCGAGAUCUCGUUGUUCCGCGAUGAUAAUUCUAGUCACAACGAUUGGAAGUCUACCACUACGAUAGGCCCCGAAUCUGGAAUAUUCCAACAAUGGGGCCUCGACAGCUCGAUAAUGUCCAUUGCCGCAGCCGAUAACACUCCGGAUUAUUCAUCCCUUCGCCAAGAACUCGAAAAACAAUUGCAAAUAUAUGCUGCCUCGCUUGAAGAUGCUUUGGCAUUCAAAAACGUAGCAUACGCUGUUGGACGUCGGGCAGCGCGGCUCUCUGCCGUCGCUCUUGGCGCGAUUGUCCUACAGAGUGGUGAGCUAGACAAGUCGACGGAUGAGCCGAUCGACAUCGGCGUUGACGGCAGUCUCGUUGAGCAUUACCCCUUCUUCCGGGACAUGAUCUACGAGGCGCUCGGUGCGAUUGAAGGUAUUGGUCCGGAGGGAGCAAAGCGAAUCCGCAUCGGAAUUGCCAAGGACGGCAGCGGUGUUGGCGCAGCUUUGAUCGCACUCGUUGCUGCGAGUAUGGAAAAGAAGGGUAUUGUGGAUUACUUGAAUUACAUUAGGAAUAGUGUAGUUGAGAGAUUUGUGGACGCGAUCCCGGAGGCCGGAGAGUCGACAACGGUAGCAUGACGAACACGACUCCUAAUACGAAGAAAAUGAAUGUUUAUAUACCUACAAUCAUGACCUAAUACAAUAAAUAUUAUGAAAGUUA